UCUCUCUUUCUUUGGAGGCCGACUGAGGAGAAGCACAGGCUUGGUCCAGCUUUGCUGCAAACGGGGACGGCAUUGGUGUUUGCAUGUUUGCUUAGACAAAGGGUGGUCAGCUUCGGCGGUCCAAAGAUGACGUCUCUUCGGGGACUGGCUUCUCUCCUCGGGGUGAUCGCUGUCUUCUGGGCUGUGCCCGUCAGCAUGGUGGAGCACGCCGAAUUCCUCAAAGCGGGAAAGCAGUCCGGCCUGCAGAUCUGGAGGAUCGAGAACUUUGACCUGGUGCCAGUGCCACGAAACUCCUACGGGGAUUUCUUCACUGGGGAUGCCUACCUGAUCCUGAACACCAUUCAGCAUCGCAAUGGGAACAUGCAGUACGACCUCCACUUCUGGCUAGGGAGCCAGUCCACCCAGGACGAGAGAGGAUCCGCUGCCAUCUUCACAGUGCAACUGGACGAUUACCUCGGUGGGAAGGCAGUCCAGCACCGGGAGACCCAGGGCCACGAAUCGCCCACUUUCCAGGGGUACUUCAAAUCAGGAAUCAAGUACAGAUCUGGCGGUGUGGCUUCUGGCUUCCGGCAUGUGGUUCCCAACGAAGUGACAGUCCAGAGGCUGUUCCAAGUCAAAGGCAGGCGAACGGUGCGAGCGACAGAGGUCCCCGUGAGCUGGGACAGCUUCAACACCGGAGACUGCUUCAUCCUGGACCUGGGCAGGAAUAUUUAUCAGUGGUGCGGCCCUCGGGCCAACAGCUUUGAAAAGCUGAAGGCCACAACCGUCUCCAAGCAGAUCAGGGAUAACGAGAGAAAUGGACGCGCGACGGUAUUCAUUGCAGAAGACGGUGCUGAGCAGGACGAGAUGCUGCAGGUCCUGGGAUCCAAGCCCAGCUUACCAGAAGGUGCUCCUGAUGAAAGGGUGGAUGCAACCAACAGGAGGCUGGCGAAACUGUACAAGGUCUCCAACAGCGCAGGAAAUAUGGUAGUUUCUCUGGUAGCAGAUGAAAAUCCGUUCUCCCAGGCAGCCCUGAAUCCAGAAGACUGCUUUAUUCUUGACCAUGGCACCGAUGGCAAGAUCUUUGUCUGGAAAGGGAAAAAUGCUAAUGCUGAGGAACGGAAGGCAGCCCUGAAAACGGCUUCAGAAUUCCUCACAAAGAUGACCUAUCCUUCACAUACACAGGUUCAAGUCCUUCCAGACGGAGGGGAGACUCCGCUGUUCAAGCAGUUCUUCAAAAUAUGGCACGACAGGGACCAGACGGAGGGCCUGGGUGUGCCCUACAUCUCCGGUCAUGUGGCCAAGAUCGAGAAGGUGCCUUUCGAUGCCUCCACGCUGCACACCUCCGCCCCAAUGGCGGCCCAGCAUGGCAUGGAAGACGACGGCACCGGAAACAAGGAGAUCUGGAGAAUAGAGGGUUCUGCCAAGGUCCCCGUUGAUUCUUCCACUUACGGCCAGUUCUAUGGUGGGGACAGCUACAUCAUCUUGUAUGAUUACAGGCACGGCAACAAGCAGGGGAAAAUCAUCUACAACUGGCAGGGUGCCGAUUCCUCCCAGGACGAAAUUGCAGCUUCGGCUUUCCUAACGGUCCAACUGGACGAGCAGCUUGGAGGCACUGCGGUGCAGAAACGAGUUGUCCAGGGCAAAGAGCCGCCUCAUCUCGUCAGCCUCUUUGGAGGGAAACCUCUGAUCGUGUUCAAGGGUGGCACUUCCAGGGAAGGAGGCCAGACAAGCCCUGCGCCCACUCGGCUCUUCCAAGUCCGGACCAGCACUUCCGGGUCUACCAGGGCGGUGGAGGUGGAUCCAGAGGCAAAGGAACUCAACUCCAACGAUGUCUUUGUGCUGAAAACUCCCUCCACUGCCUAUCUCUGGGUGGGCCAAGGAGCCAGUGAUUCGGAGAAGUCUGGUGCCCAGGAGCUGCUGAAGGUUCUGGGCGCACGGGCGACCCAGGUGGCUGAAGGCAGAGAGCCAGAUGGUUUUUGGGAAGCCCUUGGUGGGAGAGCUGCGUAUCGCACCUCCCCGCGGCUCAAGGAUAAGAAGAUGGACGCACACCCCCCUCGGCUCUUUGCCUGCUCCAACAAGAGCGGACGCUUCACUAUCGACGAGGUGCCCGGAGAGCUGACCCAGGAAGACCUGGCCACGGAUGAUGUGAUGCUCUUGGACACCUGGGACCAGGUCUUUGUGUGGGUUGGAAAAGAUGCUGAUGAAGAAGAGAAGACAGAAGCGCAGGCCUCAGCACGAAGGUACCUCGAGACGGACCCCGCCAACCGGGACCGGAGGACGCCCAUCACGCUCAUCAGGCAGGGGUUCGAGCCUCCCACCUUCACCGGCUGGUUCCUGGGCUGGGAAGACGAUUACUGGGACACCGACCCUUUGCAGAGGGCCAUGGCAGAGCUGGCGGCGUAAGGAGGGAGACGGGCUUCCCAGCUGGUUCUUUCCAGCAGUCUAGUGCCUUCAAAGAGCUAUGCUCUUCUUCUUGUUGUUCUUCUAGACCCAGAAACCUGCCCUUUGUAUCGCGCUUUUUUAACUUUUUUAAACAGCUGUGGCUACGCAGUAGUGGAGAUCAGCCCAUGAAUGGGAACGGCUUUGCUGCUGCUUUGAAAAACGGCCUUUAAUAAAGCUCACAUAGAACUGGGGAAA